CGUGGUGAGAUAUCAUUAAAUAAAAAUGAGCGCCUGAGUACUUGUGUUUGGAGACCUUGGCCACAGUCCAAGGAUGCAGAAUCAUGCUUUGAGCAUGGCUUCUUGAGAUGAAGUAGACAGAGUCUACUUCGUUGGGUAUCAAGGGUCAGAUCUUCCCUUGGCUAUACAACAAAAUGAUAAGAUUGAGGUCAGAUAUAUCUCAACAAGCCUGAUAGAUAAGCUGAAGAAAUUACCAAGAAUAUUUUACCUAGUGUAUUUCUUGUUGAGGAUCAUUAUACAGUUGUUACAGUCAUUUUGGAUUUUAUUUACUUUGCCAAAUAUCAGAUUCUGGAUCUAUCAGAAUCCUCCAUGUAUUCCAGGUCUUUGGUGACUUGCAGUGGUCAGACUUUUCCGUCGAAGAAGUAGAAUCAUACUUGACUGGCAUAAUUGUGGCUAUAGUAUUCUUAGAGUUAAUGGAGUCAACAGACUCAUUGUUAAAGUUGCCAAAAUAUAUGAGAAGUUGUGUGGAAGAUGGGCUGACUAUAAUCUUUGUGUUAGCAAUAAUUUCAAAGACGACCUUCAGGAGGAUAUGGGAAUCACAAGACCUAUUCAUGUUUUGUAUGACAAGGCAACUCCUAAAUAUGGUCGCCUUGAUAUCUCAGAGAGGCAUGAAUUAUUCACAAAGUUAUGGCAGGACGACAACAAGUUUACUGUAGAGUCUCUUGAUGGGAUCCAAGAGAAGCCGCAAAGAGAUCUUCUAUUAUUUAGUAGCACGAGCUACACUCCUGAUGAAGACUUUAAUCUUGUAGUUCAAGCUUUGAUUAGUUUAAAUGAGAAAAUUAUUACUGAAAAAGGCGAAGAUUAUGAUGGACCUGGAAUCCACCUUGUAGUAACAGGCAAAGGUCCACUUAAGGAACAGUUUGAGGUAGAAUUCGAGGAAUGAAAUAAAAAUUUAAAGCAUAUCCAGAUUGAAACAAUGUGGUUGGAAAUUGAAGACUACCCUAAACUUGUUGGAAGUGCUGAUCUAGGUGUAUGACUUCAUUACUCUUCAAGUGGUGUUGAUCUCCCUAUGAAAGUUGUAGAUAUGUUCUCUGCUCAACUUGGAUGUUUAGCAAUCAAUUAUCAAAGUAUCUCAGAAUUAGUGAAGGAUGACGAGAAUGGACAAAUAUUUAUUGAUAAAGAUCAGCUUUGCGAGCAAAUUUAUUCGAUACUGAACGAAUUUAAGGAUGGAAAAAGUCCAACUCUAGAAAAAUGGAGAGAAGACUUGAAAAAUGGGUUUUGUACUGAAAGAUGGGAGGACCAUUGGAACAGAUCUGUUUACACUAGUAUUAUCCAACAAGAGCUUUAGUAAUCUCAAGUAU